CGAGUUUAUUUUUCUCGACUCAAUAUUUAAUCAAAAAAAGAGCAAACAAACAAACAUAAUUCUCCUUCGCUGGUGCCGAUGUUUCUGCAAGACAUCCGUGCGUCCGCGCUGCCUCUCAUUCAUCCAGCAGAGGAGAGGAGCCCGCGUCCGAGGAUACAAUGAAGCAGUGUGUCCUUGUCCGACACAAUGCAGCAAGAUGCUACAGAGGGGACGAUACUGUUUCUCACAAGAUCAGGAUUGUUUUUGCUCGAUUGCAGAGAGAGAUCAGCUAAAGAUUGAAGCUUUAGCCUCUGCAUGACAAGCUAUGACCGACACACACACUAAACUCUAGACGUCCAGUUACGAAGCCAGGACUCAAGAAUGAAGACCAAAUAUGCGAUUGUCUUCAUCUGUAUCGUGGCCCUGGUCAUCAUCGAAAAGGAAAGCAACAUCCUAUCUAGGGUCUCUGAUAAGCUGAUCCAGAGGCAGAUUCCGCAGCAGACCCCACAGACUCCAUUGGAUUACAGCAACACAACACAAAAUGGCUCCCUGAUGAUGCUCAAAAUGCUGCUCUCCAAACUCACCGGCACAAAAGGGAAUUACUCAAAUCUAUCCGAGGAGCAAGAAGAGGACGAACUAGAUGAUUUAGGCAUGUACAGCUUCAGCGGUGGCCGUAAGCACAUAUUACUCUUGGCCACCACACGAACGGGUUCCUCAUUUGUGGGGGAAUUUUUCAACCAGCACGGGGAGAACAUGUUUUAUCUGUUUGAGCCUCUGUGGCAUGUCGAGCGCAUGCUGACCAUGGCAUCCGAGGCAAACAACGGAACAGUGUUGGCAGGAAUCUACCGGGAUGUACUCCAGGGGCUUUUCCUGUGUGAUUUCUCUCCCCUUGAGAAGUUCAUCUCCCCCUCUCCUCAGGAACACGUUACCCCGGCUCUUUUCCGCAGAGAGUCAAGUUUAUCGCUCUGUGAAGAAUCUGUCUGCAGUCCAGUAAUCAAAGAUGUUUUUGAAAGGUAUCACUGUAAGACUCGUCGCUGUGGGCCGCUGAACUUGACCCUCGCAUCUGAAUCCUGCCUUUCCAAGCAACACCAUGCCAUUAAGACAGUCCGUGUGCGCCAACUGGACACAUUGCAGCCUUUGGUGCAGGAUCCUCGUCUGGAUGUGAGAGUGAUCCAGCUAGUCCGAGAUCCACGUGCCAUUUUAGCAUCCCGCAUGGUGGCUUUCUCUUCGAAGUACCAGACAUGGAAGGCCUGGGCGCAGGACGGCCAGGUGCCUGAAGAUGACGAGGAGGUGAAGAGGCUCAAAGGCAACUGCGACCAGAUUAGGAUGUCUGCAGAGGUGGGACUGAGCCGACCUCGCUGGCUAAGGAGCCGCUACAUGUUGGUGCGUUAUGAGGAUAUUGCCCGCUACCCCAUGCAGAAGGCAGAGGAAAUGUACAGGUUCACGGGGAUACCAUUUAGCCCCCAAGCUAGGGAGUGGAUUCUGAGGAACACCCAGACCACACAGGGGGCUAGCGGGAUUUACUCCACCCAGAAGAACUCAUCAGAGCAGGCAGAGAAAUGGAGAUUUAGCAUUCCCUUCACACUGGCUCAGGUAGUGCAGAGAGUGUGUGGACCCACCAUGAAGCUGUUUGGGUACAGGUUUGUGGAUGAUGAAAAGACACUGAUGAAUAAGUCCAUCAGUUUGCUUGAAGAGAAACUGUUUCAUUAAUCGAGACGUCAUAAAUGUAGCUGUGAAUCUGCAAAGCGCUGCACACGGUGGGUUGAAGCCAGGAGAAGCCAUUAUUGCACAGACCAAAACUAGUCAGCAAAGGUGCCAUAACAGACACAAAAUGUUUUACUGGUGACAGUAAGCUUUGGGCCAUACGAUAAUAUUCAUACACACCAAUAAUGUGCCUCAUUGUGACAAAUGAAGAGCCACUUGAGAAAAAGAAAUAUUUAUUUGCAUACUGUGUUCACUGAGAAGCCUGGUAUUUAAGCUUUAUGUGGCGCUUUGUAUUUCAUUUAAAAUGAAAUGAGCAGCUGUCAAGCCUGACUUGUAAGAGAUUCUUAUGUAAAAUUUUAUCUAUAGUUGAUCAUGUUUAGACUUUCAGGGAUAAACUAAAGGCAAAGUGAAAGUGAUGUGUGAUUUGUCUGUCUCUGUGUGUGUGUUCGAGGCCUAUAGUCCACACGGACACAGGUAUUUUUGUAAACUGAGUUUUUCCCUCCUUCAUUGUCGAAGCAAAUCCUGUCCACACACAUUCAGUACGUUUACAUGCACAGUUAAGGCGAGCUACGGUUAUACUGGACUAGGCCAUUUAAUUGGACUUCUGUCCUUGUCCCAGUAUACAAGCACAGGAGGGAAUCAGUUUAUUGACCAAAGUAUGUCCAGCUCCGGCGGCACGGUGGUGUGGUGGUUAGCACUGUCGCCUCACAGCAAGAGGGUUGCCGGUUCGAUCCCGGGCGUGGGAGCCCUUCUGUGUGGAGUUUGCAUGUUCUCCCCGUGUCAGCGUGGGUUCUCUCCGGGCACUCCGGCUUCCUCCCACAGUCCAAAGACAUGCAGAUUGGGGACUAGGUUAAUUGGUAACUCUAAAUUGUCCAUAGGUGUGAAUGUGAGUGUGAAUGGUUGUUUGUCUCUAUGUGUCAGCCCUGCGAUAGUCUGGCGACCUGUCCAGGGUGUACCCCGCCUCUCGCCCGAUGUAGCUGGGAUAGGCUCCAGCCCCCCCGCGACCCUCAAAGAGGAUGAAGCGGUUAGAAGAUGAAUGAAUGAAUGAAUGAAUGAAUGUCCAGCUCCCCUACAAUAGGUGGCUUUUCACAGACCAAACAAUCGAGCGUCGUCCAGGUCGCCAUUCCGUGUUUUCCUCCCAUCCUUGUAUUUCAAAGUAUUUAACUGUUUCAGCUGACGCAUCAUGAACUUCUUCUCCUCGUCCAUUCAAAAAUGCACAGCUCCUAGGCCAGUUUGGGUCCAAUUGACUGUAUAAAUACAUGCAGGAGUAAUCUCACUCCCAAUCACAUCAUCUAGGUGUUUGUCUGACGUUGAGAAAUUAGAUUAUGAUUUCAGUCCGUCUAACAUGUUAACAUGUGUUUUGAAAGUCUAGUUUUAGUCGGACAAACACAAUAAACUGAUUUUCUCUAAUGUCAUGUAAACGUACUGACUGUUCUAAAUAAAAAAUCUAUCCAAAUGAAAAUGCCAGAACACAAUUGGAGCAUUGUUAAGAGCAUGCCAACUCAUAGGCGUUGAUAUAGCUGUAACCUUAAAGCAAUUUGAAGAAGAAGAUGUUAGCCAAUCAGAAGGCUACCUGGAGCAGUGACCUCUGUUGUACAUUCUGACGCCUUUGUUUCUUAAUAUAGUUGGAGAGAAACUGUACAUUUAGGUGUAAACAUGUAAAAAGUCCUGUUUGAAAGGUUAGAACUGGCACUAUUUUGUUCAUGUCCACCACUGCAUGAAAUGCUACAUCAUUUGUGAUGCCUUACAAAGGACUUAACAGCACACACACUGACAUCACUGUCAUCUUUGCCCUGGCCAGAGUCUUACAAAAGGUUAUUUUUAGUGACCUAAAACUCAGUUUGUGUGUGGACAGAGGCCCAAACAGCAUUAUAAACUCGUGGUUACAAAAAUACCUAUAUCUGUGUGGACUGAGCCUGAAAGAGAGGUUGUUUCUGUCUAGUCCUCAUGACGCUAGUGCUUCAUUCUGCCUUGUUCAGUCUGAAUUUUAUAGAUCUGUACUCACCCAGGCAACUGAAAGAAUCACUUUAGAUUAGAUCUGAUGUUCUUUCAUAGGGCUUUACAUAUCUGACUCAGGUGAGGUAAACGUGGCAUUGUAUUUUGUGGUGUCUUCAUGAUGAGUGUUCACAUCUCCACGAAAGCAUGUUGUGUAAAAAUACAGAAUAAUCUCUAAUGUCUUUAACCAAAUGCCGUUUAAAGCAAUUCUCAGUGUACCAUUAAAAAGAGGCCAAUUAAAAUAGAUAUAUAAUACUCAUGAGAUUAUAUAACACGAGUAGUGUAAUACUAUAGAAGAGUUAUAUCUUAGGUCAGAUACCUACAUGUGUCUUUAACAUACAAGAAUUGCUUUUUCCCAAUAGCCGGUAGCCACAGUCGUAAUGUGUUUCCCAGUGCUGCCUCCUCACCUCUAAGGAAACAGGCAGUUUGGGUGUUAUUUCACAGAAGUGGCUCUCAACAGAUAAUCUUUUUUUCCAAUUAUUUCCCAACUCAGAAAUAAAAGCACCAGAAAUAUUAAGUCCUGCAAAAUUCUAAAUAUUCCCCCUUUAAAGUUAUUAUUCAUGAGAUUUGUAUAUGUUUGGUGAUACAUGAUGGUUUUGGUGACUACUAAUACUAUAUAAGAUGUACGUAUGUAGCUGUAUUAAUGUGGCCUAUCACUUUAAGUGAAACCCAGGUGCUGUUGCAUUAACUGUCACUCUUGAUGGUAUAUAAAGGUAUCCACUGUGACUCUAGUUCAAUGGUAGCAUUGUGUUCAGCUUGGCUGAGGCACUGCCGAAAGUGCCGUGCUGCUCAUGGAAAGGGACAUGCAUUGGAGUUACAUAUAGUAGAGGUCUUAUACUAACUUAGAGUUUAAAACAUAAAUAUGAAUACAUUUUGACUGGCAGGCCACGAGGUGCCCGGACUCACUACUGAAGUAUGUUAGCCAAAAGGGAAUACUGUGAAAUACCAAGCGCAGCUGAAAUAAUGGGUGUAGUCAGUUUAUGCAUUCAACUAAUUCAGAUACCCAUGUGUGGCAAUAAAGUUCAUAAAGGUAUGUUUGAUGGUUGGUGGUUCAGCCUUGAUAGAGAACUGUUUCUAUUGUCAACUUGAAUUAAACAUUUUAAUGAUGGAAAAAAGUAUCAAAACAUCAAUAGCAGAGCUGUUUAAAAGCUGUCUGAGUCAAGUCUCAGUUCUUGUUGAAGCAAGUUUCAAUUCAAGUCUCAGUUCCUAGGAAAAGUCGAAGUUUAUUCACAACUCUGCAUCAGCCAGUGGCAAGUUAGUUUCAUGUCUUUCAGGUCUCUUUAUAGAAGAAUUCCCAUGGUAUUUUCAACUAUUUAUUUUCCAAAGCCCUGAUAAUUCUCUGCAUAGCUGAGACCAAGUCCUGUCAAUGCAUAGGCCAAUAAUCUUUAUAAACAGCCAACGGGACAAGAUUUUGGAUUGGCAAGAGUUCAGGGGCCGUAUUCACAAAGCUUCGUACUGCUAAGAGUUGCUCCUAGUGAGGAAAUUCUAAGAAAAUUCUUAGAACUGUAACAUAUUUCCCCUUAAAGUUAAGACUAGGUCCUUGUGAAAAUAAAAGUUCUUCACAGAGCAUUUUAGCCCUUAAAAGAGCACCUAAGCAGAGAGGAAACUUAAGAGUUUCUUAAUCAGAGGAGAAAAUGUUGGAACACAAAGAGGUCGGAGAAAUAUUCUCCAAACGCUGGAUGACAGUGAGUUAAUGAAAUGCUACAGAUUCGAUCAUGCAGAGAUAAUAUUUGUGGUCGAUCUCAUUAGUGAUACACACACACAUAAAGAAGUAAAAUGAUCAAAGUCGUAAGAUAUUUGGAAAAAAAAGCAACAGUGCAGCAGUGAUGGCAUGAGUCUGCAUCAUACCUAGCAACGGGGUCAACCACACCUCCUCAUUCAGAUACAGGUAUCUGUCUCUUCCUUCCUCAGCAUUGCUCUGAGAACUUUCCUAAAUCAUUACUAGGCAAAGACUCCUUACAUAAAUGUUUAGCCGAAGUUAGGAGCUCUCUCAGAAUGUUUGUGAAUACGGCCCCAGGUUUCUGUUUGUAGUCUGAGUCAUAUUGACCAAUCACGACUAAGCGGCAGGCAAUCUCAGAACCCACUGCCUUCUGUCUGAAGAUUCAUGUAUGUCUGUGUGGAGAGGCAGAACACACUGUCCGAAAUGCAGUCUCAGAACCCACUGGCUAUCGUCUGACCCCAGAGACAAUAGGGAUUAGCCAAAAUGACCAGCGCUUGGCAGAAGAAGUCUUGGCCCAGAUAUCUGCUGGCUACACUGAAUACUGUCCCUUGCCCCCAGAGUGUAUAUAUCUUCGUCAGACAGGUAGCUAAUGGGUUCCGAGAUUGUAGUACUAAUAGUUAAGCAGUCAAGUGGUAUGGCUAUUUAAAGCAAAACCUGAGACAUUAUUAUUUUGCUUUAAAGUCUAUUUGGACUUUUAAGUCCUCAUUUUUGUGACUUAAAUCUGCUCUGUUAAACAGAAACUCUUCGCUGUCCAUCCAUAGUAUGUUCAUUUUACAGUUAUUUUGUGUAAAGCUGUCAUCCUUUCAAACUCUUCUGAAAAUACUGCAUUCAGCCACAUUUUCGCAAAGACAUUUGUGCUUGGAAUAAACUGAGCAGAUGGACAAUGAAGUUACUCUCUAACAGCUUUAUAGGUUGUCAAAGUUAUGAAUCUCUUCAAUAACUUGCUGUCAUUGUUAACUAUUAUCACUAAGUUACUGUCAUAUUCUUGUUAUUCUUGCAGGAGAAACCAAGGGCCAAAGCACAGAUUAUACUGAAGCAACCCGA